AUGUGUAAGCUGCGUCAAAUUAUAUUGUUGCUGCUCUUAAUAUUAAACCGGAGUUUUUGUGAUGAUUAUUAUGAACUACUGGGGCUAAAAAGGACGGCUAAUGAAAAAGAAAUAAGACAAGCUUUUAAAAGAAUAGCUGUCAAUUCUCAUCCUGAUAAAAAUCCUCAUAUGAAAAAAAAAUAUGAUUUAUACGGUGAAGAAGGCCUUAACAAUGAUCAAUUUCAACGACAAAAUUAUCACUCUUGGAGUUAUUACCAAGAUAAUUUUGGAAUUUACGACGACGAUCCACAAGUCGUGACAUUGAACACUAAUGACUACGAUGACAAUGUGGUAAAUAGUGAAAAAAUCUGGAUGAUUAAUUUUUACUCGCCAAUGUGCAGUCACUGUCAUCACUUGGCUCCAGAUUGGCGAAAAAUUGCCAAAGAUUUUGAAGGUAUUAUUCGUGUUGGUGCUGUUAAUUGUGAAGAUGACUGGAGAUUGUGCCGAAGACUUAAUAUUCAAGCUUAUCCUACUUUAUUGUAUUAUCCCAAGAAUUCUCAACAUGGAACGAGAUAUGGUUACCAAAAAACUUAUGAAAAAUUAUCAGAGUUUAUUAUGGAAAGAUUGGACGUGAGUAUCCAAACAUUAUCAGCUUCCAAGUGGAAACAAUUGAUUAAAUUACUAGACAGUAAAAAUAAUGAUUAUUACAAAAAUGAUAAACCAUUGUUGGUAUUCACUUGUGGUAUAAAUCGCAAUUGUUUUGAUUAUGAUGAUCAGUUAAAAAUAACUGCUAUGUUCGAAAAUAUUAUUGACACAGGUAUUGUUGAUUGUAAUAAUAAUUGUAAUAAAUUAAUGUCAACUACUGGAGCAGUAUUUAUAAAUAAUAUUAAAAAUAAUGAUAAAAAAAAUUUUAUACUUUUUAAUGAUUUAAGUAGUAUUGAUGAAUUUGUACAUGAUAUUUUGGAUGAAUUACCGGAGCCUCAAGAAAUUUCUCAGGAUUAUUUUAAUGAUAUUAAAGAAAAAUUAGAAGAAAAUGAAAAUGAAAAUGGGUGGUUGGUGUGUUUUUACAUCGGACAUGCUACUGAUUUAGAUUUACAAUUGAAGAAACUCCCGAGUAUAAUUACCGAUGUUAAUUUAGGAAAACUAAAUUGUGGAAAAUACAGCUCACUAUGCUCUAAUCUUAACAUCAAUAGAUACCCGAUGUGGGGAGUUUUGAAGCCUGGAGGAGCUUUUGAAUUGAGUCACGGUAAAAGUACACUUAAUGACGUCGCCAAGUUUGCUGAGAACAGUAUCAAAGCUCAGAAUGUCGCUGCACUAAAACUUCGUAAAGCUUCAAUGCAAUUUAAAAAAUCAGUCGUUCAAUUUGGUACUAUCGACUGUACAGCCCAUGCUGAGAUCUGUAGACAGUACAACAUACGUUCAUACCCAACGGCAAUGUUGAUAAACGGUACCACAACGACACAAUUUACCAAUCAAAAGACUGCCGCUGGGAUAAUUGAGUUCCUUAAUGAAGUUGUUAAUCCCACUGUGAUAAAAUUAAAUAGAAAUAAUUUUCAUAAAACCGUGGGUAAAAAGGAUGACGAAACACUGUGGGUAAUUGACUACUUUGCACCUUGGUGUGGACCCUGUCAACAAUUAGCUCCUGAGUGGACGAUUGUUGCCAAGAAUUUGCAUUUAUUAGAUAAUGUCAAGGUCGCAAGUGUUGACUGUGAUGCUAAUGGAGAACUAUGCCGCGAACUGGGUACUUUUGACGAGGAAAAAUUGCGCAAGAAAAUAUUCGAAAGCAAGAGCAAAAGUAAAAACAAGAAAGACUACUGGCUGAUAGAUUUUUACGCGCCUUGGUGUGACCACUGCCAAAAAUUAGAGCCUCAGUUCGCCAUAGCUGCCCAAUUGCUUCGCAACAGCUCCAUCGGGUUCGGAAAGUUCAACUGCGAUACUUUUGGAGCCGAGUGCAAUCAACUCGGGAUCCAAGCUUAUCCAACGUUGAUGCUCUAUACUUCUAAAAAUAACCGGAGUGGCAUUGAAAUUACCUCCCAAAGCGCUCAGGAUAUUAAAAAUAGUAUUUUAAAUUUGAUAAAUAAAAAUUCUAAACUACAUGAUGAACUGUAG